AUGGCAGCAAAACUUACUUUAACUUUGGCGCUAGUUGUACUAAUGGCAGUUAUUUCUGCUUCGCAACGACCAAGCAGUGGUCCACAAUUUGGUGGUCGUCCGCCUGGUGGCUCACAAUUUGGUGGUCCUCAAGUUGGCGGUCCACAGCCUGGUGGCCCACAAUUUGGCGGUCAGCCACCUGGUGGUCGACUUCCUAGUGACCCACAAGUUGGUGUUCCACAGCCUGGUGGCCCACAAUUUGGUGGUCAGCAAUCUGGUGGUCGUCUCCCUGGUGGCCCACAAGUUGGUGUUCCACAACCUGGUGGCCCACAAUUUGGUGGUCAGCAAUCUGGUGGUCGUCUCCCUGGUGGCCCACAAUUUGGUGGUCCACAACCUGGUGGCCCACAAUUUGGCGGUCAGCAAUCUGGUGGUCGUCUCCCUGGUGGCCCACAACUUAGUGGUCCACAACCUGGUGGCCAACAAUUUGGCGGUCAGCAAUCUGGUGGUCGUCUCCCUGGUGGCCCACAAUUUGGUGGUCCACAACCUGGUGGCCCACAAUUUGGCAGUCAGCAAUCUGGUGGUCGUCUCCCUGGUGGCCCACAAUUUGGUGGUCCACAACCUGGUGGCCAACAAUUUGGCGGUCAGCAACCUAAUGGUCGUCCACCUUGUGGCCCGCAACCUUGCGGUUCAAGAACAUCAACGUCAACUGAAGCUCCUUGGACUUCAACAUCAACUGAAGCUCCUUGGACGUCAACAUCAACUGAAGCUCCUUGGAUUUCAACAUCGACAUCAACUGAAGCUCCUUGGACUUCAACAUCAACUGAAGCUCCUUGGACGUCAACAUCAACUGAAGCUCCUUGGACUUCAACAUCAACUGAAGCUCCUUGGACGUCAACAUCAACUGAAGCUCCUUGGACGUCAACAUCAACUGAAGCUCCUUGGAUUUCAACAUCGACAUCAACUGAAGCUCCAUGGACUUCAACAUCAACUGAAGCUCCUUGGACGUCAACAUCAACUGAAGCUCCUUGGAUUUCAACAUCGACAUCAACUGAAGCUCCAUGGACUUCAACAUCAACUGAAGCUCCUUGGACGUCAACAUCAACUGAAGCUCCUUGGACUUCAACAUCGACAUCAACUGAAGCUCCUUGGACGUCAACAUCGACAUCAACUGAAGCUCCAUGGACUUCAACAUCAACUGAAGCUCCUUGGAUUUCAACAUCGACAUCAACUGAAGCUCCUUGGACUUCAACAUCAACUGAAGCUCCUUGGACCUCAACAUCAACUGAAGCUCCCUGGACUUCAACAUCGACAUCAACCGAAGCUCCAUGGACUUCAACAUCAACUGAAGCUCCUUGGACUUCAACAUCGACAUCAACUGAAGCUCCAUGGACUUCAACAUCAACUGAAGCUUUUUGGACAUCAACAUCAACUGAAGCUCCUUGGACAUCAAGAUAA